UGCGGACCGAAUAGGGUUUGGUUAUCGAUUUUUGGUCUCCCUGUUCACCCCCUUAAUCGGAUUUGAAUUAUUUAAGCCCUAACAACCAAUUUUCAGUCUAUUGGACGAACUUCAAGCAGACGGAACAACAAAAGACAUUAUACUUUGCAGAGUUCUACGCCAUCCGUCCGUUGCUUCGGUCUCAUAUUCUCAAGCAGCUUUUGAUUUACAGUGGAAUUGGUGUUUACCAAGAAAAAGAUCAGUUCCGCGCCAGGGUUUUAGAAGGGUGUUAGUAGGUGCCAUCUCAACCUACACGGGAUCGGUGAGAGUUGGGAGCUUCGUGACAGGAGUGCGCCUGUAAUCGUUUAUCUUCCAGGUCUUCACCGUAUUAUUCUCCGUCACAUUCCAGGAUUACCCUUCAUUGUCUCUCGAUUCACAUUUGCUACUCGUCGGGUAUCUUGAUUCAGUGUCUCCCUUUAUUGAGAAGAUCAUAUUCUGGAGACCGAGAAAGAGAGGAGACUGGAAAAUGCAGCCGGAUAUUAGAAAAUGGUUCAUGAAGCAACACGACAAAGGAAAUGAUAACGGCAACACAUCAAAACCUGCAAAACCCACACUCACGAUACCGGGAAAGUUGUCAACUGCUAAGGAUGUCUCACCGUCAUCCCCUGUGAAAUCAGUACAAGGAGGUCAAGAAAGUUCAGGGAGACGGAAAACUAGUAAAUAUUUUGCCACUGACAAACAAAAUCAAGAAGAUGCAACAGAAGUAUCUGGACUCGCAGCAAAAAGAAAGGUAGAAAGGAGCCGUGAGCAGUCGUCUCCUGAUGUAAAACCUCCGCCUGGAAAGAAGCUGCACACAGUGGACGACAAUGAUAAAGAUGAUGACUUUGUAUUACCCAAAACUGGGAAAAACUCGGUUGAAGUGACUCCUAGUAAGAAACUGAAGAGUGGUUCGGGUAAAGGAAUUCCCCAUGGGAGUGUGAAUGAAAGUACUGAUGCUGAUGACAGUCCAAAAAAUCCUAAAUCUGCUGGAAGAGGUCGUGGUAGAAGGGGUGGGUCAGUUGUCGGAAAAGGUACCAAGUUAGACAUUGAUGAGGACAAUGCUGAAGAUGAGGAUACUAAAGAGGUUAAGUCUGGUGGUCGUGGCCGUGGUCGUGGUGGAAGGGGUGGUUCAGCAGUGGCAGGCAGUGGAAGAGGUGGUGGACGGGGUGGAUUCAUGGCUUUUGGUGAAAGAAAAGAUCCUCCUCACAAAGGAGAAAAGGAAGUUCCUGAAGGCUCUCCUGAUUGUCUAGCUGGUUUGACAUUUGUCAUCAGUGGAACACUUGACAGUUUGGAAAGAGAAGAAGCUGAAGAUUUGAUUAAACGAUAUGGCGGGCGUGUUACUGGAUCUGUGAGCAAGAAAACAAAUUAUCUCUUAUGCGAUGAAGAUAUUGGGGGAAGGAAAUCAGAAAAAGCAAAAGAGCUGGGUACGGGCUUUCUUACUGAGGAUGGGCUGUUUGACAUGAUUCGUGCAUCAAACCGUUCAAAAGCCACCACCAAAGACAAUACCAAGAAACAAGUGGACACGAUAGCUACUUCUUUGCCAAAGGCGAGUCCUCAAAUAGCUACUUCUCUGCCAAAGGAGAGUCCUCAGAAAGGAGUAAAGAAGAAGGAUGAAGUUCAUGAAUCUCCGGAGAAGGGUAGAGCUACCAGGAAUGCUAGUUCAGGCAUCUCUCCUGCUAAGCGGAAGAAACAAACCGUGGGGAAUUCUUCACUGCCAUGGACUGAGAAGUACAAACCAAAGGUUCCAAAUGACAUCAUAGGAAAUCAGUCACUGGUCAAGCAGCUUCAUGAUUGGCUGACACAUUGGAAUGAAAAUUUUCUGGGUGGUGUCAGCAAGGGGAAGGGAAAAAAACAGAGUGAUAUGGGGACAAAGAAAGCAAUAUUGUUAAGUGGUACACCUGGUAUAGGGAAGACUACAUCUGCAAAAUUGGUUAGUCAGAUGCUUGGUUUCCAGACCAUUGAGGUUAAUGCUAGUGACAGUCGUGGAAAGGCUGAUGCCAAAAUUGAAAAGGGAAUUGGUAGUAGCACUGCUAACUCUGUUAAAGAACUUGUCAGUAAUCAAUCCUUGAGUGUUGGCAUGGACCGCUCGAAGCAUCCAAAGGCGGUGCUGAUUAUGGAUGAGGUUGAUGGUAUGUCUGCUGGAGACAGGGGUGGUGUGGCGGAUUUAAUUUCUAGCAUCAAGAUAUCCAAAAUUCCUAUAAUUUGCAUAUGCAAUGAUCGAUACAGUCAGAAGUUAAAGAGUCUUGUGAAUUACUGCUUACUUCUUAGCUUCCGCAAACCAACAAAGCAACAGAUGGCAAAGAGGUUGUUACAAAUUGCAAAUGGAGAAGGCCUUCAAGUAAAUGAGGUUGCGCUUGAGGAACUUGCCGAAAGAGUUAAUGGAGAUAUGCGUAUGGCUCUGAACCAGUUGCAAUAUAUGAGUCUCUCCAUGUCCGUCAUUAAGUAUGACGAUAUAAGACAACGACUUCUUAGUAGCUCCAAGGAUGAGGAUAUAUCUCCCUUUACAGCUGUUGAUAAGUUGUUUGGUUAUAAUGCUGCUAAACUGCGAAUGGAUGAGCGGUUUGAUCUGAGCAUGAGUGAUCCGGAUUUAGUACCUCUUAUUAUACAGGAAAACUAUAUGAAUUACAGGCCAAGUGCGGUUGGCAAAGAUGAACACGGAAUCAAGAGGAUGAGCUUGAUUGCUCGUGCUGCCGAUUCUAUUGCGAGUGGGGAUAUAAUCAAUGUACAAAUACGAAGAUAUCGACAGUGGCAGCUCUCUCAAAGUAGUUCUCUUACGUCUUCUAUAAUUCCGGCUGCUCUUCUGCGUGGACAAAGGGAAACACUUGAACCGGGUGAACGCAAUUUUAACAGAUUCGGGGGUUGGUUAGGAAAGAACUCUACCAUGGGAAAGAAUUAUAGACUCCUUGAAGAUGUGCAUGUUCAUCUAUUGGCAUCCUCGCAAUUUAAUUCAGCCAGGACAACCCUGUGUCUCGAUUAUCUCUCCCUUCUCCUUAAACAAAUGACUGAUCCAUUGAAGAUGCUGCCAAAGGAUGAAGCCGUCGAAAAGGUUGUCGAAUUUAUGGAUGCAUACUCCAUCAACCAGGAGGACUUCGAGUCGCUGAUGCUUAUGGCCAAGUUUCAGGGGCGUCCAAAUCCACUUGAUGGUGUUCAGCCUGCUGUGAAAGCCGCACUUACAAAGGCUUACAACAAAGGAAGCAGGUCACGUGUGAUUCGUACAGCAGACUUGAUCACACUUCCGGGGAUCAAAAAGGCUCCAAAGAAACGGGUUGCAGCAAUGUUGGAACCAGUAGAUGAUGGUGUGGGUGAGAAUGGUGAUGCCAUAGCAGAGAAAGAAGAAAACAACUCAGAUACCGAGGAUUUGGAAGGUACAGCUGAUGCCGAGGAAAAGCCAAAAGUGGAUAUUGAGAGUCUCAGUUCAAAAGGAAUUCAAGUACAAAUGAACUUAAAGGGUGCAGCCACAAAGAAGACCGCUUCUGGCAAGGGGCGAGGGGGAGGUAGUACUGGUUCUGCUUCCAAACGGAAAAGAUGAAUGAUAGCUUCUGUGAUCCAUUACUUUUGUGACUGUUUUUGGGGUAUCUAAGCAAUGACAAAAAUGUAAAGUUUUGAAGGCAGGAGGUAGAUAUGUUUUGGAUCUUGGGACUUCUAAUUGUGUGUGCAUGCUUUCGGCAUCACAAAAUGCACUUAUAUUAUGAUCUUUUGCAAUGCCCAUGUUUAAUUUUCCUUCUA